GACGCAACAGUAACUAGCCCGAUGAUCCGGUGGAGGUCUCGCCCAUCUCAACCCACGUUUGAUCCCACUCGGCUUGUAUAGACGGCCGCGAAAAUGACCAGCAAAUCCGCUAAACAGUCAUCCCAUGAGCGUCGGAAAGGCGAGGCUGCUCUCAGCGACUUUGCCGAGUACGUCGAGAAGCAGCAGGCUCUCCGAUACCCGAGCUCCAAGCAGGUGGCGGCGACGGCGGCAGCUGGUAGCACCCAGGGAGAUCUUGAACACCACGAGGAACUAGAUGACAUUCUCGACAGCCUCGACCUCUCUGAUCCGACCCCGCGUGUGAGGUUACGAGAACUUCUACUGUCUUCCAGCGGUGAUGCCGAUGCCCUCCAGAAACUGGUCGACAUCAUAAGCGAGCGGUUGUCCGAAGGCCAUGGAGAGACUGUAUUCGACGUUGGAUUCGAGAACAAUGGCGAGAGUAUGAGGUUGUCUCGUGAUGAGUGGGAAGUGGCGAUGGGCCGACUAGCGGAAGCAGCAAAGAAGCUGCGAGCCGACACCCAGCUACUCUUGACGAAAAAUGUGGGCGGCGACCUGGAUGGGGCGCCGACAAAGGACGGCGAUUGCAGCGGGAAAGUCAUGAUCCGGAAAGCUCCGGCCACGGUUGAGGAGGUCAUCGAAACGAGGAUAGCUGUCGUUGGAAAUGUAGACGCAGGCAAAAGUUCCAUGCUCGGUGUCCUUGUCAAGGGCGACCUUGAUGACGGUCGGGGCAAAGCACGGGUCAAUCUUUUCCGACACAAGCACGAGAUCGAAACGGGACGGACGUCGUCGGUCGGAAUGGAGAUCAUGGGAUUCGACACAACGGGCCAGGUAGUGGUUUCCGACACCCCGGGACGCAAGCUGUCGUGGGAGGAGAUUGGGAAGCGCAGCGCCAAAGUCAUCACAUUCACUGACCUGGCGGGUCACGAGCGGUAUUUGCGCACCACGGUGUUUGGACUCUUGUCGAGCAGCCCAAACUAUUGCCUGCUCAUGGUUGCGGCUAACAACGGGCUGAUCGGAAUGAGCAAAGAGCACCUGGGCAUCGCCCUUGCGCUGAAUGUUCCGGUCAUGGUGGUCAUCACCAAGAUUGACAUUUGUCCGCCGCAGAUUCUGGAGCAAACCAUCACGCAGAUUACUCGGGUUCUCAAGAGCCCUGGGGCAAGAAAGAUACCCAUUUUCAUCAAGAACCGCGAGGAGUGCAUCAACACGGCCACGCAAUUUGUGAGCCAGCGAAUCUGCCCUAUCUUUCAAGUAUCGAACGUGACUGGCGAGAACCUGGAUCUGGUCCGCUCGUUCCUCAACAUCCUGCCACAUCACGGCCGCUACGAUGCCGAUGCCCCGUUCGAGUUCCAUGUUAACGACACAUUUAGCGUCCCCCACGUCGGGACAGUGGUUUCUGGAAUUGUCAAAUCCGGCGUCAUUCACGCCGGAGAUGAUGUUCAGAUCGGGCCGGAUUCUCUGGGGCGCUUCAUACAGACCUCCAUUCGAUCCAUCGAGAGGAAAAGAAUAGGCGUGCCAGCGGCUUCAGCAGGCCAGUCUGCCUCCUUUGCUCUGAGGCGAGUUCGGAGGAAAGACGUUCGUAAAGGAAUGGUAGUGUUGCCAAAGUCAGACGGAGCUCCUCCCAAAGUGUACCGCGAAUUUGUGGCUGAAGUGCUCAUCCUCUCGCACGCAACAACCAUCAAGACCAAAUACCAAGCAAUGCUGCACGUCGGACCAGUCUCUCAAACCUGCGCAAUCAUUGACGUCGACCGUCCUUUUAUCCGGACUGGAGACCGAGCUACGGUUGCUUUCCGCUUCGUGCAGCGGCCCGAGUAUCUAGCACCCGGUGAUCGCCUCCUUUUCCGGGAAGGAAGAACAAAAGGCCUGGGCAUCGUCAAAAGCGUUGGGUACGACCCUUCCAAGCCGCUCAUGUCGAAGCAGUCGGAAAGCGGUGUUGGUGACGAACAGCAGCCCUCCGGCCACGCGGCCCGAGAGAAGUCGGAUGAUAAGGUGGCCCGUGACAUGAAGAUUGAGGCAUGACACAAGAUUCCGCCGUGACACAUAAUAAAGCCGAACCUUGCUGUCGCUUUUUCGG